GCAAGCUUCUGGACCAGGCAAGAUCCUGGACCAGGCAAGCUCCUAGACCAGGCACGCUCGUGGACCAGGCAAGCUCUUGGACCAGGCAAGCUCCUGGACCAUGCAAGCUCUUGGACCUGGCAAGCUCUUGGACCAGGCAAGCUCCCGGACAAGGCAAGCUCCUAG